UCCAUGUAAUAAAAUCGCCAUUGUCGUGUUACAAAUAAGUAAAAUUAGAAAUUCUUGCAAAUUCAGGCACUUGGAUGAAAACGGUCCCUGUGCCUAAAGUAAAAUACGGAACCGGCUCUAAAAACGAAGAAGAAAGUGAAAUUCCGUGCAAUUUUUUAGGUGGUUCUUUGGUUCUCUUCUUUGGUGGUUGACCUGAGCUCAAUGGGAGGAUUUAACCCAUCCGCUACAUCUCCCUGGUCCGUGCAGUGAUUCAUGCCUUUUUUCCAGGAUUAUUCCAGCACGUCACUGAGUCCUUCCCACAAAGUUGGGAAACAGCGGCGCGUCCGUGGAAGCGAGCGGACACACGAGAGCCGCGUCUGGAAGAUCAAGAAUGCUGAAGACGCAAUGGAUCCCCUAGUUCAUUUGAGCCCACUGAGAGUCCGAAUCUCUGCUCUCCCGCACCCCACGCGCCCACCUCAUCCCUGGGCACCCGACCCUGCGCCUUUCGCCAUCUUCUGGAAGAGUGAGUAGUUUUCUCACCGACACACGGGAGAAAGGUGAACCCUUCCUGUGUAAAUAUGACUGGAUGGAGGUCUCAGUGGCGUCUGGUCCUGCUCAACUCGCUGACAUGUGGCCUGGAGAUCUGCGUGGCGGCUGGGAUCACCUACGUGCCCCCUCUGUUGCUGGAGGCUGGCGUGGAGGAACAGUACAUGACGAUGGUUUUAGGUAUUGGACCUGUCCUGGGACUUCUCUUCAUCCCCCUGAUUGGCUCAGCCAGCGAUCACUGCAACAGCAGCUACGGUCGACGGCGACCCUUCAUAUGGCUGCUGUCAUUGGGAGUUCUCCUAGCCCUUUUUAUCAUACCGCAUGCUGACGUGUUGGCUGCCAACCUGAGCUGGGGCAGCACCCGCCGCAACCAGGCUCUCCAGGUGGGCCUGCUCAUCCUAGGCGUGGGCCUAUUGGACUUCUGCGGACAGGUGUGCUUUACGCCACUGGAGGCGUUACUCUCGGACCUCUACCGUGAACGGGAUGACUGCGGACAGGCUUUCGCUAUGUUCUCCUUCAUGGUAAGCCUUGGAGGUUGCAUAGGCUAUUUGCUACCCGCCCUGGACUGGAGCGGUGGGCUCCUUUCCUUCUACCUGGGUGGUCAGGCUGAGUGCUUGUUCUCCCUCCUCAUCUUCAUCUUCGUGGUCAGCGUGUUAGUGACCAUGAAGGUGUCCGAGGAACCCUCAUCCACCCUGGAACCGGUGCUGUUGGAGCCCGGAGGGUGUUUUCCGCGCUCAUGCUGCUAUCUGUUUCAGUGUAAGCUGCGGGCUCUGAAGUCCGGCCCACUCAUGUGCCUGCUCAGGACUUGCUGGUCCAUGACACCGGCCAUUUAUCGCAGCUACUGCCACGUGCCACGUGUCAUGCGACAGCUGUGUUUGGCGCAGCUCUGCAGCUGGAUGGGUGUCAUGUCCUUCAUGCUCUUCUACACAGAUUUUGUCGGCGAGGGACUGUACGAAGGAGUUCCCAGCGCCGCUCCGGGUACUAUUCUCAGGCAACGCUAUGAUGAAGGUAUCCGUAUGGGCAGCCUGGGCCUGUUCCUGCAGUGCGCUACCUCAACCUUCUUCUCGCUGGUCAUGAGCAGGCUGGUGCAUCUCUUUGGGUCCAGGGUGGUCUAUUUGAACAACGGCCCUGGAGAUCUCAACCACAAGAGUGACAUUUCCAAUGGGCAUGUUUCUUACAGUAGAGAUGAACCAGAGUAUUACCCACCUCUGCAUCAGAACGGUGCCGCCCUUGGUUUGGAGUCAGAGGAUUUUGAGAAACGUGGAGUGGGACUAGACUUUGCCAUUCUGGACAGCACCUUCCUUCUCUCUCAGGUCUUCCCUACCCUCUUCAUGGGCAUGAUCGUCCAGUUCACAGAGUCCGUCACCACGUACAUCGCCUCCUCUGCCAUCUUUAGCGCCAUUGGCAUCUAUUUUAUAUAUUUGUUACAUAUGUCUCACUUGCUUCUCAUCACUAACUUCCUUCAGGUGUACAUGCAAAACAGCAAAACCAAAAAAACGCACACAAAUGGAUUCACCAUCGCAAGGGAUUCUGUUUGUCUGACACUAGACAACGGCCCUGGAGAUCUCAACCACAAGAGUGACAUUUCCAAUGGGCAUGUUUCUUACAGUAGAGAUGAACCAGAGUAUUACCCACCUCUGCAUCAGAACGGUGCCGCCCUUGGUUUGGAGUCAGAGGAUUUUGAGAAACGUGGAGUGGGACUAGACUUUGCCAUUCUGGACAGCACCUUCCUUCUCUCUCAGGUCUUCCCUACCCUCUUCAUGGGCAUGAUCGUCCAGUUCACAGAGUCCGUCACCACGUACAUCGCCUCCUCUGCCAUCUUUAGCGCCAUUGGCAUCUAUUUUGCCACCCACAUCAUCUUUGACCAAAAAGACCUCAGAAGCUGAAAGAAACCGUAAUUAUGUCAUGUUUGAUUUGAGGAUUAAUUGUGCAUUCUCAGAUCUCUAUGGGACCCAUGGACACAUCAAACUGAACUUGAUGUAAUUCCUAUUGUGUUUUAAAGACUUUUUGUAAAGAACUAUUUUAUUGUAUAUAUAUUUUUAUAUUGAUAAUAUAUACAUAUAUUUAUAUCCCUAUGGGAAUUUAUAAGCAACCCAUUUUGGCGAGGUCUGUAUUUAUGUAGUACUUUAACCUUGUUUGACUUGUUUGUCAAACAAAAGUGUCUUAAUUGUAUUUAAUUUUAUUUUUUUCUUGAAAUCUUGGUCAUUAGACAAGACUAAUAGCACAAUAUUUUCAUGUAUAAAAUCUCAAUCUGGUGUUCAAAUGACAAUUUGGCAUAUUUUUCAAUAUGACUUUUCUAUUUUGUGGCUGUUACAGUAAGUUACUUUUACAAAACUGUAACAUUUUUAUUGUUUUAUUUGAGUUAUGCAUCUGUAAGUACACUCACCGUUGGUCAGAGAGUGUGUGUGUGUGUGGAGCUUUGUGUAUGAGUGCUAUGGGGUGUGACAUUGUGAAAGGUUUUCCAAAUUCUCAGGAUAAACUUGCUGUCCAGUUGAAAAAUCAUCAGUCCAGUCACAACACAAUGAACUACUAAAAGAGUUACUGAUAUUUUAAAUGCUGAGAAUUUUUUGGUUGAUUAUUUUGGAUGAAUUAUUUAAAGUGGUGAACUGUCACAUCUAAUGCAGUAUGUCUAUUGUUUAUAGCUUGAAUUCAGAUAUUUUUUUCCUGUGUGAUUUGCAUCAAACUAAUGCCAUGGGCAAUUUUGUUUUACUGGUAGGUUUCAGAUGAUGUCAUGCUGUGUUGCUUUAUGCCUGGUUGUCCCCUCAAUAGUGACAUACAUUAAUAAUUUUUACUAUCCAAUAAAUUCCCAAUGGAUAAUAUACUUUACAUUUGAUUAAAUAUUUAUGAUAUUAGAGGAAAAAACGAUUGCAGGC